AUGUACAGCGUGGAGGACCUACUCAUUUCGCAUGGAUAUAAAUUGCCCAAGAGCGACCCUCCGUCUGCCACGCCUUAUGACAAGCGGCCUGCUGAUUGCCAGCGUGAACUUGUGGACAACAGGGCUGGCCGGGGGACGCUGAACGGGUAUGAGGCGGACCGGGGGGCAUCUUUAACAGGGAUCUAUGGCAGCAGGCAGGCAUUGGUGAAGGGUUACCCUGUCACUGACAACGAGAGCGGAGAAAGGAACCAAAGGAGAAAAGAAGUCGGCAUCGGUAUCGGUAUCCUAGGUGACGCUCAGCCCUUGGGUGAUUCUCUUGCCACAGAUAGUGGGUGAGUGAUUUUUUUCCCUCUCUUUUGCGAUCCCCCCACACCCUUUACCUUUCCUUUUUUUUUUUCUCCUCUCCCUCCCUUCUCACUGGGGCCCUUUGGUAUUGCAUGCAAAACUGAGUCUGCACUGCGCAGGGUUUUUUUUUCCUUCCAGAGCUGCAGAACAGUGUGGCUGCAGCAGCACCACUGACAUAUCUUAUGCUGGGUUAUGAGGGAAUAUGAAAGGUGCCUUUGCAAUCUUAUGAGCUGUUUACACGCCUGUACAGAAGGGUGGCUUGUGUCUCUGUGGAGCCCACCCAUGAGCUGGUUUCAUCUCCACAGCCUCCACCAGGCAGGCAGAUGUAAACAGCAGCACUAGACAGUGAGCAAACUGAGGACUGAACAUGCCUCAAGACAGGCGCGUAAUCACUCCACUGUAAACACUGGCACACUGAAUCACGCCCAGCACGUGCUCUGUGAUGUAAGCAUGUUGCUGGGCAAGUGUGCACAGCGCGGCUCCCCUCAGCUAUACAGUAGCAUAUGCUGCUGAGGAUGAUCCAUUGACUUUGCUGCUUAAAUGAAUGAGUAACGCAGUGAUUCAGUGCAGUGCAGAUAGGAUGUGAAGCUCUUGGAAAGCAUGAUUGCAAUUCAUCCUUUUUACAAACUAGUUUUUUAUAUUUAUCAGAAUGAAUGUUUUACAAGCAAAUGUAUAUUUUAUAGGGAUUUGUGAUAUAUAUAUGUACCUUUAAGAAAUGCUUUGCUUAUCUGCUACCUAUCUAUAUUCUAUGGGUGUGUCAAAAAAAUAACUCAACAUGUCUCAUCAGGUUGAAUUAAUUAUUUACUUCUGCUGUAUCUUACAAUUACAUCUGAAAGUCAACAUGGAUAUUAAGCCUGCACUCACUUUUUUCAUUGUGAUAUAAUAAACUGUCAUCUCGGAGGCUUAAAGGUGAGCAGAAAUUGGAAUAAUUAGCAAUAUCUCGUGAUUGGAUUCUAGAUUGAAAUACUCCCUGUUAGUAAAGUGAUGCUGGCCUUUGAGGACAAAAGCUUCUGCAAUUCAUAUACAAGUAUGAUUCCCCAUUCAUCGUGUUUUUGCCAUCAAAAACACCCAUCAAAAGGGCUGGGCGAUUUAGUCUCAAAUCAACAUCACGUUAUAUUGAUCAGUUCACCUCGAUAACGAUAAAUGGACGAUAACUACUCCACAAGCUGCUCACCCCCUUCCACAUUAACUUUGUCUAUUUCAGCCGCUCCAACUUUUGAACCGUCCUCCAUCUCCUCACCUGUCUUUCCCUCUUUGUUACGGACUGGAUGGGGUGGAGUCACGUCUCUGACGUAGGACAGCGUCUUAAAGGGACAUGAGACCAUAGCCUACCUACACACAUCCAAAACCAACUCGCAUUCAUUUAUUGUUUUGACACCGAAUAUACCGAUAUGGGCAAAAUGACAUUGUUUAUUGUCCUAAAUUUAGGUAUCUGUAAACUUUCAGUUUAUUGCCCAGCCCUACCCAUCAAUAUAAAUUAAUUUACGUACUGCCACUUUCUGCUUCUGCAACUUCCACCUGGUUCCAACUUGGUUUGCACAGGAGCCAAGAUGGUGGGCAACCAAAUCAUGUCUUUGCAGUCCUGUUGGGUUUGACUGGAAACUAGCUUUAUUUCAUCAUUAUGCCACUGAUGUGAGAAGUUACUUGACACUAAUAAAAUAGUCCGAAAUGAACACAGACACUUCUUAAUGAUAAGAUCGUCAGAGCCAAACUUGACGUUUUUUUAUACUGCAAAAAUUAACACAAACUGACAGGCGCUUAAAAAAGUCUGUAUACAAUUGCUGCUUGUUCAAGAAGAUGUUCACAUAGAUGCUCAGAUGCACAAUGUUCCUUUAUGGGGUUUGAAGGGACAGAUUGAUUACACAUUAUUGUCACCUAAUGGUCUGGCAUCGAGGCCAUUUUGAACUGUUUCAGUAUUGUAUUUCAGGACAGAGAAAUAAUCAAAAACAGCCUGACUGUAGACAGGACAUUUUGUCCAAAAAUGGAGAAAAAAUCUGUUUUUAAAAUAUGUGCAGACAUAUUCCCUUUUUUUAUAUUCAGAUUAUUGUACGGCAAUUUAAAGACAUUAUUGAAUAUUACAUUCUAUUCCUUCCAAGUCUGCUCUGCUUAAUGCCACUUAAUGCUACACACUGCGUCUCUGAAAAAAGCUUGGGAGUGACUGAUGACCUGCAGGACACCACAGUGUAUCUCGUCUUUUAUUCAGCAGCCCCUAAAUGGACCACCAGCAUUGCUUUAGAAAAUCAGUAGAAAGAGUAGUAUCUAACAAAACGACUCCUGAACACAAACAAGUGGAAUCUUUAUCUGCCUGGAUUAAGUAGGCCGUUUUUAAGGCGACUGUUUUUGGCAGUGCUUCAUGCAUUUUUGUAUAUCAGGCAACAUAGAAGGUAAAUAUGGAACCGUAACUAAAGGCAUCUCCAGGCAGCACUGUUUUAUAACCAAACAGUGGAACGGCUGUUUGAAACAUGCCAACAACGGCUCUUAUACACUUGCCAUUUUGUGUUAAAUUCAGCAAGCCUUUUUAAAAUAUAUCGAUGCUUUUGAUGUUAUACUCUCCCUAGCAACAGCAAAAAGGCUGGCUCUUUCAGAUUCACUCUUGCAUUAUGUUUUAUUGUGCCACAAUAAAGCAAGCAGCCUUAAAAGUUUCACGUUUAUAGGUACUGUAGGUCACAGGGUAUUUCUUUAAAGGGUAUAGUUUAAUCGAGCUAAUUUAGUGCUUCGUACAUGCAAACGAGAAAAAGAGGCACUUUCUCUUAUGUUGGACUAAGCAAUAAAGACAAUCUACCAAUACAGUCUCUGGGAUUCACAGUCUGGCUGUCCAGAUGACCAGCAUUCAAGAUAAGGUCAGCGCAAUUUAAUAUGCAGAUCAUACUGCAGUAGCAUCACAAUUUCAUGGUUUCUUCAAGGGACUUGCAGCCGCUGACUUAAGCACUUCUGUCUCUUAUGUGCUGGCUCCUCUUGAUUAAGUUGCAUCAGAAAGUAUGUACUGCCGAACCAAGUUUGAGCUCACUUCUUAACGUGUUUGACAGUUCAAACGGAAACUGCAUGUGUUGAAAAAAUGUAGAUUGAUGCAUCAGUAGAAACUUGAGGUUUCGAUCUUAAUACCUUAAAGAUACCAUUUUGUGUUUUUUGCUCAAGUGUCGACCCAGUUUCACUGUCCGCCUCACUCACCUUCAAUCUCAUUUGGUACGCCUUUUUUUUUUUUUUUAACACCGAACUUGUCUUUCUUUGCAGGUUCUACGAUGUUCCCAGUUUGACUUAUUCUGAGCCACUGAGCUACGACGAGAGGGAUGUUUCCUACUGGCGGAGGCGAGGCCAGGACUUCAGUAUCCUUCUGGACUAUGCUGAUGGCAGGGAGCUGAGGGCCUCUGCUGGUGCAUGGAGGCCACAAGCCCUGAUUACAGCAGAGGAACACAGAGCAGAGAGGCAAGCGCAGCAACUAUGGGAGGAAAUUUCCUGGCUGAGGGACCUGGAUGCAGCCCCUGGUCAGCUGAGGGUGACUGGGGAGAGAAAGUGCCAGAGCCUUGGUACAGAAGAGUGGAGGCCUGCUGUGGGCCUGGGGAGGCAGUUGUCUGACGGGGAUGGAGAAAGGUGGGCUCAGGAGCAGUACCGCCUGAGAACACCAGAGGGAUUUUUUCACCCACGAACUAAAGCAAAGUCGCAGUCUCUCCCCAGGGUAUUGUCACCUGAUGGAACUAGCUGCAGAGAUCUCAUUCCAUCUAGGCCUAGCCUUCCCGACAGACAACAGAGGAUGAACAGCACCGUCUUCUCUGGGCCCUACAGUCGGUAUAUCUACAGCGGUGCUGUUGUUAGGGACAGGUGGGGUAGGAAUUCUGGGCCAAGCAGCCAUGUUGCACUUUUACCGAAGCCCAGGUUCAGCAGGCCUUUGAAGCCUCCGUCAUAUGAGAUUCACCAGCAGACUAGGGGUAGCGCAGAAAUGCUUGCUAUAGAGCAGGGUGCCAAACAAAAGGACAGGUCUAUCUAUUUUCCAAGGGGAGGGGAGCUGAGACACGACUAUUUCGCACAACACUCUGCCAUCACUGGAAUGGAGCCCCCUGGAUACAUCCCACCUCCAUCUUAUAGAAGAGGCCCGCCCCCGAGAGCAGUUUCAUUCAAUCGCAAUGAGAUGGCGAAUCUAAGAUGGAGGGCGGAAGCUCUGCAAAUGCCCAUGUCAGAUCCUGGGAGGUGGUUAUCAAGACAGACAAGUAGUUCGUGGCUGGAACAGUAUGGAGAACGGGUUGCAUCCUAUCGAAGACAGGUACAGUCUUUGGGACAUGAAGAACAGCCCAGUCUCGCCCGUCAGUUACCCACUGAAGAACCAAGAGUGAAGCAAAUCUCAGGGGGGUCUAGCGGAACGUCUCUUACUGACUCAGACAAAAUUCGUAACAUCAACAAAGAGAUCCCACCCGCAAAGAAUUUAGGACAAUCUCCACAUGACAGUGCCUUUCCUCCCCAACAGGGAUCAGCUCCCACUGCUGACACCCGAAAAACAGCUCUCAACGACAACGACAGCAGUGCUCGAUGGUGCAACAGGGGAAUAAACAAAAAAAGUGACAGUGUAGCUCCUGAGCAGAACCGAAGCCAGUUUUUUCCUUCAUCAAUUCUCGGUAAACCGCCACCUCCCCCAAUCAAGCCGGCCGACCAGGGUGUCUCUGAAACUGUGACAGAAGUAAAAAAGGUGGAACAACCAGAACCACCACCGCCACCACCACCAGAGAAAGACAAAUCCAAGAACCUAAAAAAAAGACUAAGUGAGACAAUUUUUUGUUUAGUGUCUGUUCCUGUCACUCCGCAGCUUACUGGGACAAUCCGCGAUCAGAAUAACAACAACGAGAAGUCACCAGACCCAGCCGACAGUCCAAGUGAUAACAAAACUGGCCAUUUAACAAACCAAAGUCUCCAAAGCACAUCUUCAGCUGAAGCUGAGCUGCAAGCACUCACUGGUAGCAUAGCAAGCAGCAAAACAAGCAGUAGAGCAAGCAGUAAAAUGUUUAAAAAGGUAUCCUGCAGACCCCCUAAAAUAAACCAUUACAAGGAGAUGAAACUGUCGGGAACCUGGCCUUCAAACCAGUAUCGAGACCAGGAGACACAAACUAGCCCAGAGGCCCGAAAGGCUGCCGCUGAAAACAAGGAAGCACAACAAGAUCCUGUCCCUCCUGGCACUGAAGCUUCUCCUGAUAGUGGUGUAGUGGGCACUGCCUUCAGUUUUCCUAUAAAGGGAGUGAAGAGCCUGAAACUCUCGAGCAACAGCGCCUUCUCCCUGACAGCCACCUUCUCCAACCAGCUGAACAAGAGCACAGCUCAGCAGCCAGCAGUCCCACCCUCAGGAAAUUCGGAGGAGACCAAACCAGCAGCAAACAGUGGGCAGGAGGCAUUUGAACAGUUUUUGCUGAAACCAUCCACCCAGCGGCCAUGGGAUGCUGUCAAAGAGCUGGAGACCAUCAAAAAAGAAGUCCAGGAUCAACAACAGCAGCAGCAGCAGCAGCAGCAGCAGCAGAGCAGCAAACAGCCCAGCGUUGACAAGUGCAUAGAAGACCUAAAUGAGGCCUACAAAGAUAUCUUGGAGCUAGGCACUGCCAGCAAUAAAGUCCCAAAUGGUUCUGUUCAAAUUCCUGAGCGUAUCAAGAUCCGCUUGACAUCAGAACCUCUUAACAAGCCCAGCAGCCUUAGGCGCAGUGCAGUAAGCUGGUCAGUGGACCCAGAAUACAGGGAAGUCAAGAGCGCCUUCUCCAGGCCUGCGACUAAGUCAGUAACCUUCAGCAAGCAGCUUAGGGAGGAGCUUCCUGUCCCACCUCGGGAGACAGGCUUCAGAGAAUACAGGGUUGUUGCGCAUCUUUCACGCAGACGGAGCAAUGAUGGUAGGACAGUGAAACUCGAUCUGCAAGAUGAGCCCAUAGAGACACCGCUUUGUGACUUCAGUCCGACGACAAACACUGCAGCAGCUGAAGUGCCAUGGGCAGAUAGACAGCCCAUGCAGGACGCCUCUACGCUAACAAGUCCCCCAGAUUAUGAGGACAUAUGCCAGACUUUGCGUCAGUCCAGAGACUCUGCAGAUGUCAAUAAAGCGUCCACAGGCAAUCUUAAAGCUAAUGACGCAGAGCCUCUUCAGGAUCUCAGUGCCGAUUCAGAGGAGGAGUGCCCUAUUUGUAAAAGAGAGCUUGAGAAUCAGAUGAGACAAGGCCAACUGCCUCCGCUUCAUGAGGAGAACAGCUCAGAUAGUUCAGCCAAUCAAAAUGGCAGUCCACCGCAAUGUUCUGCGUUAGAAAGUCCAGCAGAAGAUACAAAAACGGAGGAUCCGAGUGACUCGAGUUCAAAUCAGGAGGGUUCUGCUGCAACGAGGGAGCAGCCUUCGCAGACACAAGAAAAUGAAGAAGAAGAGGGUGAAAAAACAGACGAUGCUCUUGCAGAAAACUUGAACAAUGUGUGUGCAAUCAAUCCUGCUGAGAGCGUACAGCCCAGUGGAGCUGCAGAGCCGAGUGCAUCCAUGAUAACAGCGACUGAUGUGCCUGCAGCCCCCCCAGUCACAGCCGAACAGAGUGCAGGUGACACUCUAACAAAGGAGGCGGAAUCAGGGGAGAAUAACAUCAUUACAGGCGAAACACCUGAAGGCAGUACAGACAAACAGACAGCUGAAGUGAAAAGUGAGAGUGAGGGACAAGACAAUACAACGUCUGCUGACAAGCAGGAGCAAGAAAAGAAGCCAUUUGCUGUCCCAGAACAUAGGUUUGCUCUACGGACUCAUCUGGGGCGAGACCACCCAGGGUUACCAGAGUUCCCACCAGAAAGACUGCCACUCUCAGUUCCCCCAAACCUAGACCGCAGGCUGUCUUUAAGUUUGGAAGGGGAGAAACGGAGCAAGGGCCCCUCCCACCGAAUCGAAGCCUUGCAGAAUAAGCUCGCCAUUUCUCCAGGUCGGGUGGCAGUUGAACGCCUGGCUCGGAUGAGGGAGGUGGACAUUAUGUAUCGUAUGAGGCGCCUUAGCAUCAGGAGCACUGACUCUGGGGAUGGGGAGGGAGAGGGGGAAGGGGAGGGGGAGGCAGAGGGCAAGGACGAAGAAACGCAGGAGUCCCAUCCUGCUCCUCAGAAAGACAAGGGUAAUGAUCAGGAGGUCACCCAAUCACAGCAGGUCUCUGAAGAGGAAGUGUUGCAAGAUGAGCAGGAGUCAUCUCUCUCAGGUAAGAAAUAAAAGACUUUAACAUUGAAUAUCCUUGUGGUUAACUGUGUUUAUUAGAACGGGAACUGUCAGCUUAAAAAUACCAACAUAAAACAACAGUAAAACAUUCAGCUCCCUUGAGGUUCUGGAUCCUUACUGCAUUAGUAAAACAAAAAGCAAAAGGAAGAGAACAACAGGAGUGCAAUAUUUUAAGAAAUACUGCAUCACAGAAUUAAACCGUCUCUUCUUACAGAUUACAAAAUAACCUUGCUGAAUAGGUGGUAACUGACAGCAGGCCAGUGAACAGGUCCAGGGGACGUCCUUGGGUUGGGAUGCUUUGACCAGUCAUUUGUCUUCAUACUAUGAGGCACAAAAAUUCACAGAGAAAGACCUGGACCAAACUGAGACUCCUAAAAUGAAUUAACCUCUGGAUGUCAAUGAGUGAUCCGAAUUAUCUCAGAAAAACUGCACACCAAAGUGAAUCUGAUUAGACAUUUUCUACAUAACUGGAGCAUAUUUCUGAAUGUGAUACCAGAAAUAGACACAGAAAAGCACUUUGAAACUGUCUCCUACCUGUAAGUCUUGUUUUCAGAGGACACUAGUGUAGCAGUGCAGCAUUUAUCUGGAUAAAAAGUCAAAAGUCAAGAUCACAAAGUACAUUUUAUGCUUUUUAAGCAUAAGUUUGCCAUGUGCCAAGCCUUAAAAAGUUAAAUUAAAAACUUGAGUUAAAAAAAAGAAAAACUUACCAACUCCUGAAAGUAUAGGAGUAGAUGUGUGCAUAAAAUCUUAACAACUAUCCAUCCACCUCUGGAGGAUGUGAUUAUCAAAACUGAUAGCAGGGUUCCUUCGGGGAUCAAUUUCCAGGUCUUAAUAAGUAUGGAAAACGAAAAAUAAAGUAAGGAAAAAUGUUUAUGUUUCCAGACUAUUACCACAGUUCUAAGAUUCUGUUUUCUAAAAGAGAGAAAAGUAGGUAUUUCCAGAAAUAAUUCUAAAAAGUAGGGUAUGGAAAAGUAUGAAAAUUCCAACUGUGUAAGAACCCUGUGAUUGACUUUGCUUUCAGAGAAGACCUACAAAAGGACUGUACAGGUCUCAUAAAACCCUCAGAAUAAAUAUUAGGAACAAUUCACAGCAUGCAUCCCAGGAAUUUAUGUUCCACAGAGGAGAUACAUAUUCAAAAUUUUACCAUUAUAGCUUGAGAUCACGUAUCUAUCUAUCUAUCUAUCUAUCUUACAAGCCUUUUCCUUAUUGAAUUCCCUUCUUUCUCAUGUCCCAGAACACCAUGAUCCCAGCCAAGUGGAGACAGUGUAG